AUGGUCACCAAAUCCAUUGUUCUGGGCGCGGCCUCGUUGCUGUUUGGCAGCGCCCUUGCCGCGCCCUAUACGAGCAGCCAGCUCGACAUCCAGAGCAGCCUGAUUACCGAUCCUAACAAGGUUGCUGGCCAGAAGUUCGAUUACAUUAUUGCUGGAGGUGGUCUUACUGGUUUGACCGCCGCCGCUCUUUUGUCGGCCAACCCAGACAUCAGCGUCUUGGUCAUUGAGGAGGGUUUCUACGAGUCCAGCCGUGGCCCCAUCAUUGAGGACCUCAACACCUACGGUCAGAUCUUCGGCACUGAGGUUGACCAUGCUUAUGAAACCGUCCCCUUGGAUAUCAACAACCAAACCCAGAUCAUCCGCUCCGGCCGUGGUCUUGGUGGUUCGACCCUGGUCAACGGUGGUACCUGGACUCGUCCCCACAAGGUCCAGAUUGACUCGUGGGAGUCUGUCCUUGGUAACGAGGGAUGGAACUGGGACAACUUGACUGCCUACUCGCACAAGGCAGAGUUGGUUCGCGAGCCCAACCAGGCCCAGAUUGACGCUGGUCACUACCUUGAUCCCUCGUGCCACGGUUUCAACGGAACCGUCCACGCUGGUCCUCGUGACACUGGCGACAAGUACUCGCCCCUGAUGAAGGCUCUCAUGAGCGUCGUCUCUGGCCAGGGUUACCCCACUCAGAAGGAUCUUGGCUGCGGUGACCCCGUCGGUGUUUCCAUGUUCCCCAACUCCCUCCACGAGGAUCAGACCCGCUCUGAUGCUGCUCGCGAGUGGCUGCUUCCCAACUACCAGCGUUCCAACUUGAAGGUUCUUACUGGCCAAAAGGUUGGCAAGGUCCUCCUUGACACUUCUUCUGGCACUCCCACCGCCACUGGUAUUCAGUUUGGUAUCACCAGUGUCAACAACUACGAGGUCUAUGCCAACCACGAAGUCCUCAUCGCUGCCGGCUCCGCCAUCUCUCCCCUCAUCCUCGAGUGGUCCGGUAUCGGUAUCAAGUCUGUUCUUGACGCUGCUGGUGUCGAGCAGGUUCUCGAGCUCCCCGUCGGUCUCAAUCUUCAGGACCAGACCACCACCACCGUCCGCUCCAACAUCAACUCUGGCGGUGCUGGUCAGGGUCAGGCCGCCUACUUUGCCACCUUCAAUGGUACCUUUGGCGACUAUGCUCCUCAGGCUCACCAGCUGAUUCAGGACAACCUUGACAAUUGGGUCCAGGAGGCCAUUGCUGCUGGUGGCUUCAUCAACAACGCUACUGCUCUCAAGACCUUGUACGACAACCAGGUUGACUGGCUCGUCAACCACGAUGUUGCCUUUGCCGAACUCUUCAUGGACACUGCCGGCGCCAUGAGCUUCGACCUUUGGGAUCUCAUUCCUUUCACCCGUGGCUACAUCCACAUUCUCGACAAGGACCCUUACCUCGGCCGCUACUCCAACAACCCCCGCUACUACCAGAACGAGCUCGACCUUGCUGGUCAGGCUGCCGCCUCCAAGCUCGCCCGUGAGCUGUCCAACUCUGGUGAGAUGAGCCAGUACUGGGCCGGUGAGACCAUUCCCGGCAACAACCUCGACUACAAUGCCUCGCUCGACGAGUGGAAGACCUAUGUCCAGCAGCACUUCCGUGCCAACUACCACGGUGUCGGCACCUGCUCCAUGAUGGCCCGUGAGCUCGGUGGUGUCCUUGACCCCUCUGCCCGUGUCUACGGCACUGACCGUCUCCGUGUCAUUGACGGCUCUGCUCCCCCGACCCAGGUCUCUUCUCACGUCAUGACCGUCUUCUACGGUAUGGCCGAGAAGAUUGGUGCCGACAUUCUCCUCGACUACCAGAACCGCCAGUAA